GUCCAGAAUCAAAUAAAGAUAAAAAUAAGCUUGAUACCAAAUGCAAUGGGUCAUGUUAUUAUAGUGGGAUAAGUGAGGAAAGUAAGCUCAUUAUAAAUCAUGUAAAUUAUGUUUUUAACAAUGUUUUUAAACAGAAAUAAAAUUUGUGUUAAACAUUUUAUUUGUAAGAAAGACAAAUCCCUGUGAUUUAUAUAUAAUUGUCUUUAAUCCAUAUAUGAAAGAAUUUGAAUUAAUGGAAAACUAGUGUAACUAACAUAUAAGCUAAAUAUCAUGUUUACAACAUCCAUGGCUUAAGCAAGCUACUUGUGAUGUAGACAGUUGCUGCAUUGUAGCAAACAUUCCAUUUAGCAGAUAGUGGCUCUAAGUGUCACUGUUGUCCAGCAGACUGCACUGAGGGACCAACCUGGGUUCGCCAGUAAUGAUUGCAUAGUUUGGACUAAUUUGCUUCAGUUAGUAUGGCUACAUUCUCAACAGAGUCUUUUGAGAAGAAGCUCUCAGAGCUGAGAUACAACAGGACAAGCGUUCAUACCCUGUCCUACUGGCUCAUCCACUACAGGAAGCAUUCUCAGGUCAUCGUUUCUGUGUGGCACAGAGAGCUGCGUAAGGCAGAGCCAAGUAGGAAGCUGAUUUUUCUAUACUUGGCACAUGAGGUUAUCCAAAGCAGCACAAGAAAAGGACCAGAAUACACUGAAGAGUUUGCCCGUGUCAUUGUGGAUGCCUUUAAACAUGCUGUACCGGAGUUAGAUGGCACCGGUAAGAAACACCUAGGCAAAUUUCUUUCUGUCUGGGAAGAUAAGGCUGUGUAUAACCGUGUGAUUUUGGAGCAGCUGAAGAUAAUACUUUAUGGUGAAAAGAAGCCAAAGAAGCGUUUGUAUAGUGAGGUGAAAGGAGGUGGUGAUGAUGAUGCAAUUCCAGCAAAAUAUAAACCAGCAAAAGCACCUUCAACGGCCAAUAAUCUUCUGCGUGUUAUACAAGGAGUUGAGAGUGCAGCCUCCAGAGAUGCAGCUGUGCACCAAGAGAUAUCCUUCAUACCUAAAGAGGUGCAAGAUUUGUCUUAUUUGGGCAAACCUGGUGAUCUGGAGUAUUGCCGUAAGCAUUCCACACUUGUACAAGAUGCCUCCAAACUGCUGGCAGAAGGCUAUGGUAGACUGGCAGCGGAAGUCGAUGACAGGAAGCAGCUGAUUGGAAUGCUGUCCAACUUUUUUCAACAUCAGAAAGUGGUGAAUGAUGAAAAGGAACACCAACUGGAAAUGUACAAGAACAUGUUGGAAAGAGCAAAAAAGAUUCAGGCACAACUGCGCACUCGGCUGGAAGAUAAACCUGAUCUUACUCACCUCUGA